AAACUUAAAGUUGAAGAUAACUACGUAAUAGGUCGUGUUCUAUCAGACAAUAAUUUAUGUAGAACACUCGAGCACGAGAAAACCCACAGUUGUUGGCUAGUCUUCACGAGAUAGUGACGUUUAGAAGGCCAGCCAAAUAGCACUUUUUAUCUACACUGUUUUUUAUACCAAUCGUCAACAAACGCACAUAUUAAUGUAGUUUUUUUGUCGAAAUAAACAAGUCAGUAAAGCGUCGGUUUGAUCUAAAAUGGUCGAGCUAUCGUCUCUUCUAGAAAAUUAAUAAAUAGCUUAGGUAUGAUGUUAUGUUUUAGGAUAUUGUGUUAUUUGUGUUUAGUGGUUGUUAUGUUAUGUUCCAACGCUCUUGGAGUGUACAUCUCCAACUUGAACGAAGCCUGCUACCGGUGCCUCUGCCAUGUGGCUGGCUGCAACACGUCGCACGCCUGCUCGGAGGGCUACUGCGGGCCCUUCUACAUAUCCAGAGUGUACUGGGUGGAUGCCGGCAAGCCCACGCUGCCUGACGACGAUCCCGUGAGAGAAGAAGCAUUCGAAGACUGCGCGAGGGACUACCACUGUUCUUUAAAGAUAAUUGAAGGCUACAUGGCGAAGUUUGGAAAGGACUGUAACGGCGACGGCGUGACGAACUGCUUCGACUACAUGAUGAUCAACCACCACGGCGGAGGCGCCUGCCACUCUCCUCUGGAGGCAGACCCACUCGGCCGACGCAGGCUGGCGCUGUUUAACCAGUGCCGCUUCUAACAAACCUGGACCAUUAGCCAAAAUAUUUGAGCCGCAUUUGAGACUUUUUUGAAGAAGAUUUCUUUGAUGAAGUGAACGUACAAAUAUUUUUAAGUAAUUGUUUAAUACUUACGUAAAUCAGAUUCCUUAAAUGUGUAAUUUUCAGAAAUCAGAAGCAUUAAACCGUAAGCCAUGUUAACUCCAGGUUUAAGGAUAACUCACGUUAGACCGGGCCGUGUCGUGUAUGGAAAUCAUCACGUGAUCGUCUGUUAUGGCAUAGAAAAGUAAGCCCCGGAAGCUCCGGCCCGGACACGGCCCGGUAUAACGUGAGUCAUCCUUUAACCGGUAAACCCCGGGUUAAUAUAUGGUGCAAAUGGGGCUAAGGAGAAGAUAAACAAAAGUAUAUUUAAAUUAACUUUAUUCUAACAUAUUUUUCUUACAUCAGUCGUAAUAUUUAUAUUAAACCUUAUAAAUAAUAGCAAUAAAUUGUACCAAUU